AUGCCAAUGCCUCCAUCCGCUCCAUUCCAGUUCAGAGGAAGCUCUAACUAUCGUGGCUCGCGUCCUAAUCCGCGACAUGAGUUCACUUUCCGGUACCAGAAACCUGCCACGUCGGACCGACCGUUGUUGUCCUCGAAGAGGGAAAGCACGCCCGAACGGCUUGAGGGCGAGACUAAGCCUGAACUCAAAUUUGCCGAGAUUUCCACUUUGAGCGACAGUGAAGAGGCAGAAAUGGACAUGUCUGAUGAAUCCGAUACCGAGCGACCGCGUAAGAGACGUGCGCUAGGUCUCGAUGGGCCUCAAGACACUGCUCCAGCCCCUCCUUCUGCCCCUAAAUGGUCGAACCCCGAUCCCUACACUGCGCUACCUCCUCCGGCCGAAACUACAAACAAAAGGGUGGAUGUGGUCAAGUUGAUUCGCAAGGCGAGACUUGACAUUGCCGCAAAGACAGACGAGACCGAUGCAGUCAAGCAAAACUCAGACUUCAUUUCUCUCGGCAUGUCAUUCGAGCCAGAAAUUCCUCAGAGCAACGCUCCUGAUAACGCCCCCAAAGGGCCAAAGGCACAGGAAGUUCUAGACCCCGCCAUCGCGAGCCGAAAGCGAACCCGUGACGAUGAGAUCAAAGGAUAUUCCCGAAAGACCGGAAAGCCUGCCAGCAGGUUCAACUAUGAUGGCUCCGUUAUCGAUCAAUGGAAACCACUUUCCCCAGAGACAGGCACGCCUUGGUUUGAGGGCACCCCAACUUCCUUGCACGUUGGAACCCAGCUGCAUAAUGAGAUUCUCAGCUUCUACCACUGGGCUAAGCCACAGGAAUUCGAACAUAUCGUCCGUGCAGAUCUUGUCAAUCGAUUGGAGACUGCAUUCCAACAACGAUACCAUAACGUUUCAAUCCGGGCCUUUGGUUCUUUUGCCUCGGGUCUUUACCUCCCCACGGCUGAUAUUGAUUUGGUGCUGCUUUCUCACACAUUUUUACGCACGGGAGUUCGAACAUUCGGAGAGAGGAAGGGUCAAAUCUACGCGUUUUCGGCUUUCCUUAAGAGCACAAAUAUCGCUGUUCCUAACUCGAUUGAAUGCAUUGCUUCCGCCCGGGUACCGAUUCUCAAGUACGUGGACAAGCUGACCGGAUUGCGAGUGGAUUUGUCUUUCGACAAUGACAGUGGUUUGAUUGCCAACGAGACAUUCCAGAAAUGGAAAACCCAAUACCCGAUGAUGCCAGUUAUCCUGGCCGUGAUUAAGCAGUUCUUGCUGAUCCGCGGCCUCAACGAAGUCCCGACUGGUGGAUUAGGAGGUUUCUCCAUCACUUGCUUGGUGACAAGUAUUCUCCAGCAUCUGCCCCAGGGCCAUAUGCAGCCCAACCUAGGAACCAUCUUGCUUGAUUUCUUCAAUUUCUACGGGAAACAAUUCACGUAUGAUAGACUAGCAAUCCGGAUGGACCCUCCAGGCUAUUUCAACAAGGGCUAUUAUUUCGGCAAUCCCGAUCGUCUUACAAUCGAAGAUCCCAAUAACCGAGACAACGACAUCUCAGGUGGCACCAAGGAAAUUGGGUUGAUUCUCCGAGCCUUUUCUAAUGCGCAUACUGCUCUAAAGAAUCGCAUGGAAUAUCUUGCGCUUGUCCAAGGAUCGAACAAGAGCAUUCUUGAACCCAUCAUUGCGGCGAACUUUGAUGAUUACAUCGAGCAACGCUUCCAACUCCGUCAGGUGUUCAUGACAGAGGAGAGCCUCCCUCCUCCUCCCCCUCCUCUCGAUGGAGCCCACUCUCCGCCGCCAGCGCCCGCAGCUCGCAAGCCUGCCAAAAAGCCCAAGGCGAAGUUGAAGGGCACCAAAUCGGAGCCAGAAGAUAUUUCUUCUGAUGAAGCGCCUGGACCCGAUGCAAAGUCUGCCGAAGCAAAGUCUGCCAAAGCUCGGAAGGGUGAGACAAGACGUCAGCUGUGUCAGGAGCGUGCUGCCAGACUCAAACGCCUGAGGCCCGACCUCAAGAAACUUCCCAAUACCCUCAGCCUCCGCCAAGCUCGCCGCCAUGCAGGUUACGAGACCGAUGAGCAGAUGAAUGCGGACUUGGACAGCAGAGAGCAGAAGCUUCUCGCCUCGGCAUAA